UGCGCGGCGCAGCGUCCUGUGGUGGAAUGUGCGGCUCCCGCGAGCUCGCCGCGCAACAACAGAUCGAGAGUCGCCGAGGCCCGGGGCCCGAGACCCGAGUGGCGGCAGCGACGGGGACGGCAGAUCGAGGGCCGGCGGCUUGAGUAGACUGUCUCGUCUCAGUCCUGGGCCUUCGCGGUCCUUGACGGCCCCGGCGCCUAACUUUUCUCCCCUCUCCCGAAACUCCAGCAACAAAGAAAAGUAGUCGGAGCAGGAGCGGCGGCGCAGGCCCGAGCGCCCCCCGGGAGCCGAGGACGGCGAAACGCAAUUAUGGCUACCCAAGUGAUGGGCCAGUCUUCUGGAGGAGGAGGUUUGUUCACCAACAGUGGCAACAUGGGCAUGGCCUUAACUAAUGACAUGUAUGACUUGCAUGACCUCUCCAAAGCUGAGCUGGCUGCCCCUCAGCUUAUCAUGUUAGCAAACGUAGCCUUAACUGGGGAAGUCAAUGGCAACUGCUGUGAUUAUCUGGUUGGAGAAGAGAGACAGAUGGCGGAAUUGAUGCCUGUUGGCGAUAACAACUUUUCAGAUAGUGAUGGAGAAGGACUUGAGGAAUCUGCUGUAAUGAAAGGUGAAGCUGAUGGGUUAGGAAGCAUGGAACUGAGAAGUAUGGAGCUUAGUGUUGCAGAACCACAGCCUGUCUUUGAGGCCUCAUCAGCUGCCCCUGAAGUCUACAGCUCCACUAAAGAUCUUCCUCCUGAAACAUCUGGAGCAGAGGACAAAUGCAAGAACUCGAAGAGCAAACCCUUUCGCUGUAAGCCAUGCCAGUAUGAAGCAGAAUCUGAGGAGCAGUUUGUGCACCAUAUCAGAGUCCAUAGUGCCAAGAAGUUUUUUGUGGAAGAAAGUGCAGAGAAGCAAGCCAAAGCCAGGGAAUCUGGCUCUUCCACUCCGGAGGAGGGAGAUUUCUCAAAGGGCCCCAUUCGAUGUGACCGCUGUGGCUAUAAUACCAAUCGAUACGAUCAUUAUACUGCACACUUGAAACACCACACUCGGGCUGGGGAUAAUGAGCGUGUCUACAAGUGCAUCAUUUGUACUUAUACGACAGUAAGCGAGUAUCACUGGAGGAAACACUUAAGAAACCAUUUCCCAAGGAAAGUGUACACAUGUGGCAAAUGCAACUACUUUUCUGACAGAAAAAACAAUUAUGUCCAACAUGUUCGGACUCAUACAGGAGAACGCCCAUAUAAAUGUGAACUUUGUCCAUAUUCAAGUUCUCAGAAGACUCAUCUAACCAGACACAUGCGCACUCACUCAGGUGAGAAGCCAUUUAAAUGUGAUCAGUGCAGUUAUGUGGCCUCUAAUCAACAUGAAGUUACCCGCCAUGCAAGACAGGUUCAUAAUGGGCCUAAACCUCUUAAUUGCCCUCACUGUGAUUACAAAACAGCAGAUAGAAGCAACUUCAAAAAACAUGUAGAGCUACAUGUUAACCCACGGCAGUUCAAUUGCCCUGUAUGUGACUAUGCAGCUUCCAAGAAGUGUAACUUACAGUAUCAUUUCAAAUCAAAGCAUCCUACUUGUCCUAACAAAACAAUGGAUGUUUCAAAAGUGAAACUAAAGAAAACCAAAAAACGAGAGGCUGACUUGACUGAUAAUAAUGUUACCAAUGAAAAAUCAGAAUCAGAGCAGACAAAAGCAAAGGGAGACAUGGCUGGAAAGAAAAAUGAAAAACCUGUAAAGGUGGAGAAAAAAGAGAAAAAGCCUUCUAAUAAUGUCUCAGUGGUCCAAGUCACUACCAGAACUCGCAAAUCCACAACAGAGACUAAAGACGUGGAUGUGCACCCAGGAAAUAAUUUGGAAAAAUCCUGUAAAACCAAGAAAAGCAAAAGAAAGAUGGAAGCCGAAGUCCAUUCCUUGCAUGAUCCUGUGAAUGGGGAGGGACCUGUGAUGAAAAAGAAAAAGAAAUCAGAAAGCAAAUCCAAAAAUAGUCAAGAAGUGCCAAAGGGUGAUGGCAAAAUGGAGAAUAAGGAGGAAAAUAAGAAGCAAAAUACCUCCAUGAAAAAAAGCUCAAAGAAGAAAUCUCUGAAAAGUAAAUCAAGUAAAAAGAGUAAGUCUACCUUGAAGGAGGCCGUACAGAAGGGGUCUGCUCAGACAGAGGUUCCUCAGAUGGAGCCUGCCCUGAAGAGGCCUGCUCAAAUGGAGAGUCAGAUGGAACUGACUCCUCUUAAGGAUUCUGCUCAAGUGGAGGUGGCUGAGAAGGAGUCGGCUCAGAUGGAAGUGCCUCUUCCCAAGGAGCCUGCCCACCUGGAGGUGACUGAGAAGGGGUCGGCUCAGAUGGACGUGCCUCUUCCCAUGGAGCCUGCCCACCUGGAGGUGACUGAGAAGGGGUCGGCUCAGAUGGACGUGCCUCUUCCCAUGGAGCCUGCCCACCUGGAGGUGACUGAGAAGGGGUCGGCUCAGAUGGACGUGCCUCUUCCCAUGGAGCCUGCCCACCUGGAGGUGACUGAGAAGGGGUCGGCUCAGAUGGAAGUGCCUCUUCCCAUGCAGGCUGCCCACCUGGAGGUGGCUCAGAUGGACGUGCCUCUUCCCAUGCAGCCUGCUCGCCUGGAGGUGACUGAGAAGGAGUCGUCUCAGAUGGAAGUGCCUCUUUCCAUGGAGCCUGUUCAGAUGGAGGUGAUUUCACCUGAGGCUGUUCCCAUGGAGCCCGAACAGAUGGAGGUUGUUCAGGAGUUGGCUCAGACAGAGCCUCUUCAUCCCAUUGAGCCGCCUUUCCAGAUGGAGGUGGUUUCCAAACGGUCAUCUCCCAGAAAAGACAAUAAAAAGGAAAAGUCCAACAUUCAGAGUGAAAUGGCACGACAGGAGCAAGUCCUUAUUGAAGUUGGCUUAGUGCCUGUUAAAGGUAGCCAACUUGUAAAGGAAAAUGCAAGCACACAGGAUCUCUUAGCACCAUUGUCAUCACUUCCAAAGGAAAACAUAAGAGAAGAGUUAAAAGACCAAAAACUAUCCUCUGAAGGUGAAGAAAAUAAAGAAGCCCUUCUACAAAAAGAAGGAAUCGAAGAGGCGAAUAAGAAUCCAACUGAUCUUGCUGCUUCCAAGGAAUCUACCAGUGUUUCAUCCAGUGAACAAAACUUGAGUAUGACAAGUGGUGAAACUUCAGAUGACAAAUAUAAGACUGACUCAGCUGUGACGUGUGAGAAGGAAAUGAACACUGAACAGAACACAACAGAGAAUGCCCCUGGUAAAGACCCAGCUGGUGAAGAAUCAUUGUGUCUUCCAACGGAAGAAUGCCAGGCAGUGUCUGAUACAGCUUUGGCUUCACCUCCUGUUACUGUGGCAGUAAAUGAUACUCAGGAAAUUGAUGAAGAUGAAGGCAUCCACAGUCACGAUGGAAGUGACCUAAGCGACAACAUGUCAGAAGGGAGUGAUGACUCUGGAUUACACGGAGCUCGGCCUGUUCCACAAGAAACUAGUACAAAAAGUCCAAAGGAAGCUUUGGCAGGCAAAGUGGCUGAGGGAGAUUUUGUUUGUAUCUUCUGUGAUCGUUCUUUUAGAAAGGAGAAAGAUUACAGCAAACACCUCAAUCGCCAUUUGGUUAAUGUGUACUUCCUUGAAAAAGCAGCAAAAGGGCAAGAGUAAUUAAACUUUGGACUAGGUUGCAUUUCUUAGUAAGAUCUUGCAGUUUUUAAACUUCAUUUAUGGGAGUAAGCAAACUUACUAAGAUUGCUUUAAUUAGUGACCAGUAUCAAUUUUUAAGUGACAUUCUUUUCCUUAGGACUUUAUGUGUAUCUGUUGAUUUUUAGCAAAUCUAAUGGAGUUAAUGUAAUGAAACCAAGCAGAUACCUAAAUCUUAGCCAUACUUAGCCAGUUGAAGUGAGAAAGCCAGCAUGUUAUAUAGCAUUCUAUUGCUUUGUCCAGUUACUUGUCAUUUUUUGUCUUCUCUUUUACUUUACUUUUAGUUUCUUGUUGUCCUUGAUAAGAAUUGGCUUAAUAGCAAAUUACUUGAAGAAUUUGCCUGCUUUAUGUAAAAUUAGCACUUUAAGAUUUCUUUAGAAAUGAAAAAGGUAUUUACGUUGAAGAAAAAUGCUCCCAAUAGUGGAUGUUGUUAUCAGUCCAGGUAUUUACUUCCUGAAUUUUGAUCUUAUUUCAUGUUCAUAUGUUAAUCAUCUUUAUAAAACAGUGAUUUGGGUGGGAUUUGUUGGGGGGGUGCUUUAAUGGCUUAAAAUGUUGCACAUUGUUUUUUUUUUAACCUAUGCAGUUAAAUUUUUUUUCUAGAAUAGCAUUUGUGUGAACAGUAACACUUUAUACAUAUAUAUAUAUAUACAUAUAUAUAUAUAUGCAUGUUUAUUUUUUUUCCUCUUUGGGAAGGGAUGUUUUCAGGCUUGUUUGCAAAAGGGCAGUUAUUUUCUUUGAGGCUUUUUUUGUUUUUGGUUUUUUUUUUUUUGCAGAAUAAUAGUGUGUGAAAGUUUGUGAGCAGAUGAAACCUGAAUAUGCAGGUUCGAUUGAUUUUGAUCUUCACCUUUUAUAUCUAUGCCAGAAUAUGUUUCACCAUGUUAUUUAUUUUGAAUGGAUAUAGUAAAUUCACAGCUUAUUUGAUUUUGCAACAAACCACUAGGUUCCACAUUGAAUUUUUAUCUCCAAUAUCAACCAUUAGAAUUUGAGCCUUUUCUGACACAGUUACUUUUUUUUUGGGG